CCCCAUCAUGUCGACAUCUUUUCACCGCGCAUCAAGAUCUGAAUCCCCCAAUCCUGCGUUGGCUUUGGCGCAGCAUGACUCGGCUCCACGCUCAAGAGGAAUUGACCAGGCUGAAUGCGAUCAUGCAUUUCCAACAAUAUGAUGGCAACCCUUUUUAAAGUGCCUAACCAUGUCUUGUGAGACCACCCAGUGGAGGAGCUACAUGACCUGCAGACCAGGGGUGGGGGGAUUGGGCGAAGAAUGGCCAAAAGAUGGUGAAAAGAAGGGGAAAACGGUCAAAGAAUUCGCCGAGUAGACAUGGUCAAGUGAAGUUGGUAUACCGUUGUCUUUGGGUACGCGAGUGUGCCACGGGGAUCUGCUGGGGCGUUGAUCCGUUCAGAGGACGCAAAUUUACCCAGGCGAGCACGUCUCUUCACCGCCCUCUGGUCCGGCCCUCUGGUCGAUCGUUGUUGCCUUGGGCCAGAAACAUUUGCUGGGGCUCGGGAAGGACCGAAUUUAGUCCUUUUCGGGAAGUUGUUUCAGGGGUUCAACUGGAUGCCCGCCUCGGAAAUCCGAAUGCUCACCGAACGAAUAUUUUUGCCCUCAGGUUUCGACCUCUGGGCUUAGGGCGUAAAGCAAGAACCAUUGGCUUCUAUAUAUGCU